AUGCACCUGAGUGUGGUCCUGGCCCUGUUGCUGCUCGGUGUUAGUCCGGCUCAGAGUCGUUCUUUAAAGGGUGUAAACCAAACACACCAUGAAGAAGGCUCCGGUGAUACGGCUGACAGCAGUGAGGAGGAUUUCUCUGUUUCUUCCAUAAUUGAAAGAGCCAACAAGAAGAUUGGUCAGGCUCCAGGAGAUCCAAAGCUCAUGUUUGGUGAUAUUGUUAUGCAUACUGGCUUUCAGAAUGCACACCCGUGUAUAUUCAGUGGGUGCAUGUGGCCCAAAUACUCGGAUGGACGUGUCUAUGUGCCUUACGCCAUUGCUAAUCAUUACUCGUAUCCUGAAAUAGCCACUAUUGAAAGAGCUCUGCAGUCCUUUGCAAGAAGCACCUGCAUUCAGUUCGUACCACGGUCGAGAGAGCCAGAUUUCAUUUAUAUUCAGUCACUUACCGGGUGCUACUCCCGUGUUGGUCGAACAGGUGGAAUGCAGACUUUGUCUUUAGCUCGGCAUGGCUGUAUCUAUCAUCAUGUGAUCCAGCAUGAACUCCUCCAUGCUCUCGGAUUUGUCCAUGAGCAUUCUCGCAGUGACCGUGACAAUUAUGUCCGAAUCCACUUAGAAAAUGUCAUUCCUGGCCAAGAACACAACUUUGACAAAAUCCAAACAAACAACUUGAACACCCCAUAUGAUUACAACUCUGUCAUACAGUAUGGCGGGCUGUUUUUCUCCAGUAAUCAGAGGCCUACCAUCAUCCCUAUUCCAGACAGCAGCGUUCCGAUUGGACAAGCCACUCAGAUGAGCCACUAUGAUAUCCAACGUGUUAACAACCUCUACUGUUAAUAUGUUUGUUUUAAAGGAGGUGAAAUGCGGUAACCUGAGGCUGGACGCUGAAGCCAGAAGUCAGCACGUAUGAAGACCUUUCUCUUGGUGUCCAGCACAACAUUUCUAAAGCUGUAAAAAUCAAUAAACAA